CGUCCACCUAUUUCUUAACUUCACACAUCUUGUGGGUCAAUUGGCUCUCAGAGUAGAAGUGCUACGGUCCUCUCUACAGGCUCCAGAAGGGUUCUGGAAAUAGCUGCAUCUAAAGUGCAGUGCUGGAAUUUCACACUGCUGGCUGCGUACCACGGAUUAACACUUGAGCAUAGCAUGCCAGGCCAUUUUUGGGGACUUUGCAGUGAAUUUAGUUCAGACCAAGACUGCAGCAGCAUCAGUCUCCGUGUGACUUUCAUGCAGCAUGGUCUUUGCAACAGCAUUUGGCAUUAAAUAAGAAAACUUCAUAGACUCUAUGACAGCCCUAAGUGUCCUCUGAAGAUUGCAUGGAAGUUCCUGAAGAUUGAAAAGCAGGUGGAAACGGAGAACCAAAGAAACCCCUGACAGACAAUAUUGUGUUUUUUCAGAGCUCGAGAUAUUUUUGAAGCCCCCUGCGGCUCUGGUAUGUGAGUUCCUGAGAUGUCACUGAGAGACGAAAGCCAUGCAGCUACAUCGACGCUGAAGAAGAUUGCUGCAGACAUGAGCAACAUCAUCGAGAGCCUGGACACCAGGGAGCUCCACUUUGAUGGGGAGGAGGUUGACUCAGAGGUGCUAACUGACCCGAAAGGUGUUGCAUGCAUUCCUUUCUCUGCCAUCUAUCAUACCCAUGGGUUCAAAGAGCCGGGCACGCAGACGUACCUCACGGGAUGUCCUGUUCGAGUGCGUGUGUUGGAAGUUGAACGCUUUACUUCUACGAAGAAGGUACCAAGCCCCAAUGUUUACACGAUUGAGCUGACCCAUGGAGAGUUCACCUGGCAGGUGAAAAGGAAGUUCAAGCACUUCCAGGAGUUUCACAGGGAGCUGCUGAGGUACAAAGCAUUUGUGCGCAUCCCUAUCCCUACCAGGAGUCACACAGUGAGAAGACAAUCCAUCAAAAGGGGAGAACAGAGGCAGAUGCCAAGUCUGCCACACACUGCAGAGAGCACAGUGCGGGAAGAGCACUUCUCCAGCAGGAGGAAACAGCUGGAAGACUACUUGACAAAGAUCCUGAAAAUGCCGAUGUACAGGAACUACCAUGGAACAAUGGAGUUCAUUGGAGUAAGCCAGCUGUCAUUCAUCCAUGACCUGGGACCAAAGGGCAUAGAAGGGUUUAUCAUGAAGCGCUCUGGGGGCCACCGCAUACCUGGCCUGAACUGCUGCGGCCAAGGAAGGAUGUGCUACCGAUGGUCCAAAAGGUGGCUGGUGGUGAAGGACUCGUUCCUGCUAUACAUGAAGUCAGACUCCGGGGCCAUUGCCUUUGUCCUGCUGGUAGAUAAGGAAUUCAACAUUAAGAUAGGCCAGAAAGAAACGGAAACUAAAUACGGGUUGCAGAUCGACAAUCUUUCUAGGUCGCUGAUUUUGAAGUGUAACAGCUACAGACAUGCCCAGUGGUGGAGGCAGGGCAUAGAUGAGUUUAUUCGGAAACAUGGCAAAGACUUCCUCACAGAGCAUCGCUUUGGCUCUUAUGCAGCUGUGCAGGAGAACACGCUGGCCAAGUGGUAUGUAAAUGCUAAGUGGUACUUCGAAGAUGUCGCAAAUGCCAUGGAAGCCGCUAAGGAAGAAAUUUUCAUCACAGAUUGGUGGCUGAGCCCAGAGAUCUUCAUGAAACGACCCGUUGUGGAAGGAAAUCGUUGGCGGCUGGACUGCAUUCUGAAGCGGAAAGCACAACAAGGAGUGAGGAUUUUCGUUAUGCUGUACAAAGAGGUGGAACUUGCCCUGGGGAUCAACAGUGAAUACAGCAAGCGGACACUCAUGCAUCUCCAUCCAAACAUUAAGGUGAUGAGACACCCAGACCAUGUAUCCUCCUCUGUGUACCUCUGGGCCCACCACGAGAAACUCGUCAUCGUUGACCAGUCUGUGGCAUUUGUGGGCGGCAUCGACUUGGCAUAUGGCAGGUGGGAUGACGAUGAGCAUCGCCUGACUGAUGUGGGCAGCGUGAAACGAAUGGCAGCAGCGAAGUCGGCAUCAACGACCAACUUGGCAUCUGCAGCAGAGUCAUCUGAACGUGUCCCCCUGCAGUCUCAAACUCUGUCCCCGGAAAGGCACUUGCUCCAGAGAAAUGCUGAUGAUGCCCCAGACUCAUCAAAAAUGAAAGGAGUAGGAAAAGCGAGAAAGUUUUCAGGGUUCAGUAUUUACAAGCAUCUCCAUAAGCAUGGCAUGCACCAUGCUGAUAGUGUCAGCAGCAUAGACAGUGAAUCAAGUUACUGUAACCCCACUAGAAGUCAGCCGAAUAUAAUCCAGAGUUUAAAGCCCCAUCUGAAAAUGUUCCAUCACCACACUGAAACCAAACAGGGGCUCACUGAGCCUCAGCAGGAUAAAGGGUCCAUCCGCAGCUUGAAGACCGGUGUUGGUGAACUGCUUGGGGAAACCAGGUUCUGGCACGGAAAAGACUAUUGCAACUUUGUGUUUAAAGACUGGGUUCAACUUGACAAACCUUUUGCUGACUUCAUUGACAGAUACACCACCCCAAGGAUGCCCUGGCACGAUAUUGCCUCUGCAGUGCACGGCAAAGCUGCACGUGACAUCGCCCGACACUUCAUCCAGCGCUGGAACUUCACCAAGAUUAUGAAGCCCAAAUACCGAUCCCUGUCCUACCCAUUCCUGUUGCCAAAAUCUCAGCAAACUGCUAAUGAGUUGAAGUAUCAGGUGCCUGAGGCUGUUCGUGCCACAGUCCAGGUGAUCCGUUCUGCUGCUGACUGGUCAGCUGGUAUUAAAUAUCAUGAGGAGUCCAUCCACAAUGCCUACGUCAGCGUGAUAGAAAACAGCAAGCACUACAUAUAUAUAGAAAACCAGUUUUUUAUUAGCUGUGCUGAUGACAAAGUUGUCUGGAACAAGAUCGGCGAUGCAAUUGCUCAGAGGAUCCUGAAAGCUCACAGGGAAAACAAGCGUUUCCGUGUAUAUGUGGUGAUCCCGCUGCUGCCUGGGUUUGAAGGAGAUAUUUCGACCGGUGGGGGGAAUGCACUGCAGGCCAUAAUGCACUUCAACUACAGGACCAUGUGCCGGGGAGAAAACUCAAUCCUAGGCCAGCUGAAGGCGGAGGUUGGAGAUAAGUGGAUAAACUACAUAUCGUUCUGUGGACUUAGAACAUAUGCAGAAUUGGAAGGAAAACUAGUCACAGAACUCAUCUAUGUUCACAGCAAACUGCUUAUUGCUGAUGACAACACAGUUAUAAUCGGCUCUGCCAACAUCAAUGACCGCAGCAUGCUGGGGAAGCGGGACAGUGAGAUGGCCAUCAUCGUGCAGGACACGGAGACUGUCCCCUCUGUGAUGGAUGGGGAGGACUACAGCGCUGGAAAGUUUGCGCAGUCCCUCAGACUGCGAUGCUUCAGGGUUGUCCUUGGCGGCUGUGAUCUCAAUCCAGAACACCAGGAUCCUGUCUGUGACAAAUUCUUCAAAGAGGUGUGGAUUGCUACGGCAGCUCGCAAUGCCACUAUCUUUGACAAGGUUUUUCGAUGCCUUCCCAGUGACCAAGUGAACAAUUUAACCCAACUGCGUGAUUUCAUCAACAAGCCCAAAUUAGCGAAUGAUGAUCCUGCAAAAGCAGCAGAAGAAUUAAAAAAAAUUCGUGGUUUUUUAGUACAAUUCCCCUUUCGUUUUCUGGAGGAAGAGUACUUGCUUCCCUCUGUCGGAACAAAGGAGUCCAUGGUACCCAUGGAGGUUUGGACUUAAGAAGAUGCAGACUGCUUUACAUUUGAAGUCUGAUUCUCCAGAGACAAAUUGAUGAAUUAUAUGGGAUUUUGGAAAGUUUUUAUUGGAAAGGAGGCAGAAAAGAUCUCCACCAAACUAAUGUGCCUUUCUUAAGGAUUUCAGUGGAGGAACUUGAAGCAAAUCAACACUAGCAAAGGAGAGGAGGAGAAAGACUUGGAAAUUACGACAAAUGAGAAGUGUAUCCUCUGAGGAGUUACUUCUUAUGACAUAUUCUGAGCACCUAAAGGAUGCAGGCCACUUCCUAGGACAGGAAACACGCCAAUGAAUGUUGUUACCACUGCAAGCUCUGUACUGUGGCUGCAUAAGUACUGUGAUCGUGCUGUAACUGUGCAGGAUUCAUGGGCUGCGUAUGCUUCUAAGGCUUUUGGGUAUCUGCACCUUGGCUUGUGGGAGUCCCCCAUCUCAUCUUUUUCAUGUGCCAUCAGAGUGCAUCUUGUACCUCUGGCAAUGCUGGGAAGUGCUGCUCAGUGCUGCCUUGGGCUGCCUUACAGCUUACCAAGUGUAGGUGUUUUACUUCUUCAACAGAAACAGACUACCAAUCUUGUAUCAGAAUCAGCAUUUUGGUCUCUUCUCCCCUCUAGAGAAAAAAAAAGUGCACCUGUUUGUAGCACAGCUAGAGCAAUCAGCAUUCCUCACAUGCAGCAUGACGCCUGGGUCUUGCAAAGGGCAGCCUCAGAGGAGCUGGAGUUGCUGGAAAUCACUGGAGUUUGCUGGUCUUUGCAGCAGUGCAGCAUGUCAGUUUGUUCAGGCUGUGCAUGAAGGCUUUUUCCAUGAGAGGAUCAAGGUAUAAACUCAAGCCUUAGAUUUUUUGAGCUGAAGGAAAGCAAAGCACUGUGUAUGAUGGGACAGAAAAUCGCAAGCCAGCAUGGUCUGAACGAAUCUUGGUGCUCUGGGUCAUCCGCUCAUGCAUUUAAGUUGCAGUACAUAGUUAGACCUAUCUUUCCGUCCCUUAAAAAGAAAAGAAAGGCCAUCAAGCUAGUGCUGAAGUGUCAGACCAGCGGUGCUCAAACUGAGCUGAUGUGUCACAUUGCAGAUGGAGUGAAUGAGAGGGGGGAAAAGGAGCAGUUAGCAAAGCCUUGUCUCUGUUCUACUUUGCUAUUAGAACAGCCACGAUCUUGAGUUCAGUAACCUAGCUAUCCCCAAAACAUAGCUGGCACCACAUUUUAGCAGUUUACCUUCUGUCUUCAGAACUGUAAAUAGGCACCAGAUAGUCUUGUACCUGCUGCAUCACCCAAGUUACAAUGCCAGAUGUUCUUCCACAGCACCCCGAGUCUCAGCCUCUUGCUACAGUUUCCACUGUUUUACGCUCAUUUUUUUGUAGAUGCAGUUGCCAAUAUACACUUCUUUCUGGUUGGUGCAUCUGAGCUGUGGUUAGCCUGUUGGAAGUGCAUGUGCAACAUUUUAUGUGAUGAAGAACUUUGGUCCAGGAGGCUGAUACUUUUAGCUGGCACUCUGUAAGCAGAUAAGUAUAUUCCCUUGAUUUUUUUUUUUUUUCCUUACAAAAAUUGACUUGGGGUCACCCUCUGCAGAGCCAGAGCAAUAUGUGCCCCGAUUGUUUGCAAUCCACAAAGAUCAGAGGUGCCUUGUUAUUUCACAUCAGUGCUAGUUCAGAGAUUUUUCUCUCCUGAUAUGUUUUUAGCUGUUUUAGUUUGAACAAAGCUGCUACCUUUAAGCAAUUACAGCUUGUCAGAGAACCGUUUCAAGUCACACAGAUCUGUAUUCAUGCAAAAAGGAUGCAUUCAAGCUGCUCCCCCUACACCUGAACCUUGAAGAUGUGCAAGACUUGGUCAUCUUCUAAGUAUUCUUAUUAUCCCCAUCCUCAUAUUAGCAAAGAUUCUUGUAAUUGUUAAAUUAUCCUUAGAUUAUCUUUUAAGGUGAUAGCCAAUUAUUGGGACUUUGUAAAUCCAAUGGCAUAAUUCCCCCUCUGCCAGGUUGUGUUGGGGAAGAACCACACAGGUUCUGCAACACACAGCCCACCGAUGGCUGCUGGUCCCAAGCAACACAGCAGAGCCACGGAGGAGGGAUUUAAUUGACUGAUUCUGUAUGAAAAGGUGCUAAUUAAGAAGGUCUUUCGUUCUUAAAGUAGCAGAUGGGCCUCACAUUGGCUCUCUGUCUGGGAGGAGGUUUCCCUCUGUGAGAACAGAGGAGCUGUACCAAACAUCCCUUCCCUGUGUUGAUGCUAAAUUCCUGAUGCCAGGAAUUUAGUAACCAUUCAAAUGCAAGCAAGGUGUGCAAGGCAGCCUUGGCAAAGUGCAGAGAGGCCUUUGUGUCCUUAGGGGCUCAUGGGACCACCAAACCCCACCAUGGAUGCAGCACUGCUUGUCCUAAAGGGAUGAUGGGGCUGGAUAUGUGUUCAGUGAAGGCGUGACUCUUGUUCGUACCUGUGGGCUGUGCUGUUUGGAGCUAGCUCCUUGGGUCUCAUCACCUGGUUUAUUUCUUAUAUUAAGAAGCCUGUGAGGUGGAACACCUUGAGAGAGUUAUUUUCUGCACCUAAACAAUCACUACUUCUUAGUCUGUAAACCAGAAUGGGUUUAUUUUUAAUACCCUCAAACGGGAGAGGAUAGCUCGCAAAUACACAGUACUGCAACAAGUGAUGUGGAUUCAAGCACUAGCAAACUUGGAAACAUGGACUGUUUCUCGCGGCAUUUAUUUGUUAGAACUCUAGAAAAUGAGAACCUCUUCCGGGCUCAGACUUUAUUUUGUAGUUCAAUCUGAGUAGAAGACUUGUUUUUUCUUUUAUUUAUUCCUUAAUAUGUGCCACUUUGAGAACUCGUGCUCCUUAUCAUCUCUUUUUAAUAGUCUGAUAUUUUAAAAUGUGUUUUGCUGUAUAGAUGUUGGACUGGAUAAAUGUUUCACUGUAAAGUUAAUGCAUGAUUUUAAAACUGAGGGAUAAAAUGUCAUCAUAUGCAAGAACUUCACUAAAAAAUAAUUUGUAGGAGAACAACUCCAGUGUUUUGUGGCAGAUGCAAAUGCUCAGCUCAGUUUCUGGUCUCAUGGUCUCAGUUCAUCACUUGACUCGAUGCAACCUUUGCUGGAUUCAACCCCAAAUACACAAUUUUACUUUCUUUUGAUCAAGUUUCACAACAUGAUUUUGCAAUGCUGGUGCUGUCCCUGGGGGAGACCUCAGUGCAGGUUUUGCCUCACUGGGACCUUGACAUUAAUAAUUUACAGUAUCUUUAUUCCUUCCAAGGAAACAUCUAUGUACAAUCAAGCUCAGAUGUGCUUUGCUAUUGUUUCAGUGUAACAAGUCACUUCUAUUUAUGACAGUCACGGGAUAGUAAUCUGUGCACAGAAGCUGCAUUUGUGGAAACACUGACAUGAGAGCCUCGGUGGUCCUUUAGGAUAAUGCUGUUUCUUUCUUCUGCCAAAUAUAAAGACCUAAAUCCACACUGGUGUAGACUGACACAGCUCUGUCAGCUGCAGAGCUGCUGCACUGUUUUUCUUGCAGAAAGAACUUGGGCUGUAGGAUGCUAUGAUGGCCAAGAUGAAGAAAGCAGGUGGUCUUCGGAGUAGGUAUGUAGGUAGAGGUUGGCAUCUCUUGGGUGGCCCACAAGAUGUGAAUACACUCUCACGUUUUGUGGCACUCGUUCUGCAAUUUUUUUUAAACAAGCAAUCCCUUCUGCACAGCUGAGAUCCUGCUGGAACCAGGAGCUUUGCAGAAUAGAGGUUUAAACCAGGAGUGUAACACCAUGGCAGUGAAUCAGAUUAAGCCUGCAAAACUAAGGUGUAUCAGAGCGGAGCAAACCUACAAACUAAACUGUACGUUGACCACUGAAUGCAAUGAUCCUCUUGGGGUUUCUCUCUCUUUUUUUUUUUUUAAAUUUCCCUGCCUGCUUUUUUGUUGUGCUUUCCAGUAUUUGUGAUUAUUCUAUUUUUAGCCUCUUGAUGUGUUUUCAUAAAAUCCUCCUCCAUGUAAAUAAUUCCAGCUUACCUCUUUCUUGACACUUGGGGAAUGAGAAAAGGUGUCGCAAGUCACAGUUCUGGGAAUGUUUGGGGUUUUUUUCUAAAUCAUGUCUCUAGCUACACUAAUCAACAAAAGGAGAGCUUCCACUUCAGAUGCGAGUGGAGGUCUCCGUGCAUCUCUGCCUUCUGAUGGUGCAGUUGUGAACACUGAAUAUCCCUUCUGUGAAGGCUGCUGGAAUUGAAUUUUGUAUCCUUAUUUCUGCUAACGAUCGCUUUCCUUUCCACUCUGUCUGUAUCUGGUAAAUGAAUGUGCAUUAAUGGACUGAAAAUACAACUGAACAUAAUG